UUUCAUGUUGUAUUUUUUCAAUUUUACAGAUCCCUAUUAUCAAAUAACUACUUGUUGGCAAGUUUCAAGUUAAUUUACAUUGAUUGGGGGAGAAAGUAUAUGCCCAGCAUGUGUAUGUUUCUAUAAAUGUAUAGGUAUAUGUAAAGAAAGUAGAAAUGAAAGGAAAGAAAACUUAAUCCUUGACAUUAGAAUUUGUAGGGACAAGUAGAGGGAAAAUUGGGAAUUAUAUCAAUAUGCAUUUUUAGACUAUUUUUAAAAAGAUAGACACUUUGCGUCUUUAAAAUGGAUUUAUCUCUCAGUCAUCUUAGUUUCCUUUUUUUUUUUUUUAAUUUUUUAAGAUUUGUUUAUUUAUACAAGCACUGGGUGCAGUCAGAAGCGCGGGAGGGUGAGAAAAUUCGCCAGAGCCAGAGCACGGAACAGAACAGGCAGACUGACAAAAUACACUGCUGAGGGGAGCAGUGGGCGUGUCAGGAGAGGUCUGUGGUGCCAUGUGGGACCCUUGCCGGUGGCCGGGAAUCGAACCAGUGCUGCAGAGGCUGUGGGCAGCUUCGCAGCCCAACCCUCAACCACUGCACCACCACAGGAUGCCCCAUUUUAGGUUCUUUAGAUAUUACUUGUACAACCUGAUGUUUCAAGCCUGGAAGUCUUAUGUGCAUGAGCAGCACAAGAUGAGAAACAAAUACUUGAGAGCUGAGAAUCAUGAUGUAAAGCAAAAGAUGCGGCGGGCCUGGAAGUCUUGGUUGAUAUACGUGGUUUUUCGUAGGACCAAACGUCAGAUGCAGACCACUGCCCUGGGAUUUAGGCAGCGGAGUAUUAUAUGGGUGUGUUGGAGAGCGUGGAAGCGGGGAUUGGAACAGGUCUGCAUGGGCCAUGCUCUCCAUGCCUUGGCUGUGAAGCACAGGGCCCUGAGCCUCCAGCUGCAGGCUUGGUCACAGUGGCAGGAGCAGCUCUUGCAUGUCUGGCGGGAGAGACGGAAGAUGGUUUGUGCAGCGAGACAUCAUCAGCACUGGCAAAAGUGGAGAUUCCUGAAGGCUUGGCUUCAAUACCUACAGGUCCGCAGAGUGAAGAGACAGCAGCAUGAGAUGGCUGAGCAAUUCCACCAUGUCACUGUGCUGCAGACGUAUUUCUGUGAUUGGCAGUGGGCUUGGGAGCAGAGGAAACGCUUACAUGCCCACCAAGCACUGGUGGGAGAACUGGCCAGGAGGAUGGCGCUGAGGCGGGCCUUCACUCACUGGAAACACUAUGUGCUGCUGUGUGCGGAAGCAGCUGCCCAGUGGAAGGUGGCAGAAGAACACCACAGGCACAGCUUGCUGCACUUUUGCUUUAGAGCAUUAAAAGACAAUAUGACCCGUGCCCAUCUUCAGCGAAUAAGAAGGAAUCUCGCUCACCAGCAGCAUGAUGCCUUGUUGCUGCAUAGGUUCUGGAACCUCUGGCAGUCUCGGAUUGAGCAGAAGGAGGAUAAAGAGCAGUUCCCCUUACUGCAUGCUGCCUGGAACCACUACAGAAUAACAUUGCUACGCAAGUGUAUCAAAUUGUGGUUGCAGUGCACACAGAAGAGGCGAUACAAACAGCUGUUGCAGGCCAGAGCAGAUUGUCAUUUCCAGCAGAGAACCCUGCCUGUAGCCUUCCAGGCAUGGAGAACACUCUGGCAGUGGAACCAGCAGGAAAAUGUUCUCAAUGCAAGAGCAGCACGCUUUCACAGGGAAAUGUUAGAAAAGCAAGUAUUUGCUAUUUGGUGGCAGAAGAUGUUUCAAUGUCGAGAAAACCGCUUGGCAGAGAGACUGGCUAUCCUUCAUGCAGAACGGCAGCUUCUACGCAGGUCCUGGUCCACGUGGCACCAGCAGGCGACAGCACAUCGCCAGGAGAGGCUACGGCAAGCAGUGGCCUGUGCCCACCACUGCCGCAGGCGGCUCAGGGGGGCUUUCUGUGUCUGGAGGGAGAGUGCCCGAGGGCUCAGGACAGAGAAGGUGGGCAGCGUGUUGGCCGCGGAGUUCCACUCGGCACGGCUCCUGCGGUGGACCUGGAACAAGUGGAGGGAGAGUUUCCAGAGCAGAGUGCAGGGCAUGCUACAAGAAGUGGCAGCGAGGGAGAGCCGGCACAGGAGGGGGCUGCUGAGGAAGGCUUUGCAUCGCUGGAGAGAGAACACUGUCACUCGUAUAGAUGAAGCGAAGAAAACCUCUCAAGCAAGAGCUCACUACAGCAGGACCUUAUGCUCCAAGGUCCUUGUCCAGUGGCGGGAGACUGUGUCAGUGCAGAUAUACUACAGACAGCGGGAGGAUUGUGCCAUCAGGGAGGCCGGGAAGGUGCUGGAGAGGGGCUGUCUCAGGACCUGUUUUCAGCGCUGGCAGGCCCAGAGCCAGAGGGCAGCCCAGCAGCGGGAGCAGCUGGAGAGGGCAUCGCAGCAUCACCGCCGGACACUGCUGCUGGUGGCCAUGGCCAGGUGGAAGGCCUACCGCCUGGGCUGCGUCAGGAAGAAGCUCCUGCAGAGGCUGGGCACCCAGCUCCGGGCCCAGACACUCAGCCGGUCCUGCUUCUGUCAGUGGAAGCAACAGCUGCUGAGUAGGAGGCGGGAACAGCAGGGCACAGCGCGGGCCUUGUGGUUCUGGUCCUUCUGUCUACAGGCGAAGGUGUGGGCUGCGUGGCUGGACUUCGUGUUAGAGAGGAGGAGAAAGAAGGUGCGGCUGGAGCAGGCGGCGCAGGCCUACCAUGAGCAGCUGCUCCGGGAGGGCGUCACGCGCCUGCUGCACUUCACAGCCGACAUGAAGGCUUUCCGGCAGCGGCUGCACGCCCAGCAGCAGGUCCAGGCAGCCCACAGUCUGCACCGGGCGGUCCAUCGCUGCGCCACGCUCUGGAAACAGAAGGCGCUAGGCCCAGGCCAGAAGCCUCAACCUUCCGCCUCCACCAUCCCCAGCAGGAGAGUAACCUUCCAGGGUGCCCUGCUCAGUGACGCUGCUGCAGCUGGGGAUGCCACCCUGGAGACCAAGAGGUCGAAAGCUGCUCAUGGGCCUUGGGGAGCCCCGGGCAGCCUGACCCUGGCAGCUGGGAACCCGCAGCUUCUGGAGCUCAGUGCUCCCCGCUCAUUAAGGAGGCAGCCUCGACGCCCGCACUUCCUGCUGGAGCCCAUGCAGAGUCAGAGGCCCCUGGAGUGUGGAAUGCUUGGGGGACAGAGGCCUGAGAAGCAUCAGGACCAAGGCCUAGGCCCUUCCCUGUCAGGGCCCUUCCUGGCAAAGGCCCAGGUGGCACCGAUCCCAAGCAGCCCCCUGCCCCAGUCUGGGGUCCUGCCAAGUCUCCCUGACCUGAAGGUGUACCCCACUGCCAACGCAGGCCCCGAGCUGCUGCCCCCUUCCUGCUUCGUGCCUUAUGGGAAGGACACACCUGCCAGGGUUUCAGCACGGCCAGCCACCCCUGGGCUUGUGCCUCAGGCCCCCCCUUCUCUGGCCAGUGCCCGCAACCCCCAUCUGCUCCUCCCUGGAGACUUCAUAGGCACCAGGCCUGGCUCUGCAGCUGCAGGGGUGUUUCUGAGACCCGUCAGCACAGCAAGCACGCGGGCUGCUCUCAGCACCCGGGAUCCCUCCAUUCAGCCUGGGCCUGGUGGGAAAGAUCCAGAUCGAGUUCAUUCUCCCGUUGCCACUAGCCACACGGACCUGGAGGCUGAGCUUGAGGGAAUCCAGCAGCAGUUGCAGCACUGCCAGACCACGAAGCAGAACCUCUGGUCCUGCCAGCGUCAAGCACGCAGCCUGCGCAGGUGGCUGGAGCUGAGCCGGGAGGAACCCAGGCCUGAGGACCAGGAAGCAGAGCGGCUAGUAGAGAAAGAGCUACGGGAGGUGGAACUGCAGAUCCAGCAGCUGGCCGCCGAGCUCCAGGCCCAGCGCCAGCCCAUCGGGGCCUGCAUCGCCCGAGUCCAGGCCCUGCGGCAAGCUCUGGGCUAGCGCCCCGGCUCAGGGAGGCCACAGCCCACCACCAGGAAUAGGACACAGAGCUGCAGUGAGGUUUUUUUAUUUCAAAAUGUUGCAAUUAAAUGAAUCACUGUUCAGAAGUCUCCUGCUUUUCAUACAAAAAUACUGUGCUACUGAUACAGUUGAAAAAGUUCAAAUGGCUUCUCCUGCAGGAGAAAUUCACAGCGUCCCCAGGAAACAUGAAACCUGGUCCUGCCCCCAUCAGUGGCACCCCCAGGACUGCAUACCUGGGGACAGGUUUUCUAGGCACUGACACCCCCCAAACACCAAAGCCCUGAGCUGACAGCGGCCGCGCUCCCUACCCUGGCGUGGCGCUGGCUUUAGGGAGGGGCGUGCUCUCCCCAUCCCCCGGCUGGACAAACUGGUAGGGGGACUCACCAGCUCCAAAGUCACUUCCAGGACCCGCGUCCCGUCCCGGGACGACACUGGCAGGGUCCAGGGCACCGUGCUCAGCCACAGGAGGAAACACCGAGCUUUUCCCCACGAGCAGGGUAUGGCAAGUU